AUGUCGCACCGUGUCAACUUGGGUCAGGCUUGCUUCCAGACAGCUGCCUCCCCUUUGAAGCUUCAACUCACCGCAACGGGUCACUUCAAACUUCCAAUUAAUUGUUCAAACCAGAUCCCACAAAUCCAGGACAUUCAAUUGCUUUAUCUUCUCUCCGCCUGGGUUACAGAAGCACCGGAACUCGAACUCCGACUUCACUUCGACAUCAAGCCACGUCUAGAGUGGACUCUAUCAAGCCUGGUCUCAAGUUUGGAGGAAAGGAUGUGCAGUUCAAAGCUGCGAAACCUCGGAGGACACAAAUGGCUCUCGCAUAAGUUGCCUGAUAUUUGGACUCUGCAGAAGAACGCACUCACAAAACCAAAUCAUCAGUCGAAGGGUCCCGUCAAUUUUGAGAAACCCGCCCGGGGCUCACCCGCCAACCAACCAUCCCGUGAUAUUCCUCGCGGCAAUUGA